AUGUUCACAAGCCCAAGGCACGGGCUCACGCCUGAGCAAAAGCGCCUCAUCUGUCUACACGCGCGACAGUUUCCCAAGACCACCCAAACACAAUUGGGUCAAUGGGCUAAAGAGCAGUCCAAUCACGACUAUGUGCCAUCACAGGCCGCCACUAGCUACAUGCUCAAGAAACGCUUCGAACUCGUGUCUAGUGAAGAUCGCGACUACAAGAAGCUGCGCACCGUCAACUGUCCCGAGGUGUACUCGGCGCUGGCCAAUUGGUUCCUAUACUGCCAAGCAAGACGACUCAAAUUACCAGGAGAUCUCGUACGACAUAAAGCGCGCAUAUUCUAUAAGCUCCUAGCCCCGCAGCUACCAAAAGUGCAUGGAUUCUCUUUAGGAGGAGGCAAAGGCAGCAAAGGACGAACGCAACAUAAAGUAGCGGACAGUAAACCGAAAUUGACACCGGAAACGUCGGUGAUCUCCACGCCGGACCAUAUCAAGGCGGCAGUGGCGGGUGUGCCGCCGGAAAAUGUCUACUGGCUGCAUGAGACGCGGCUGUUUUACGCGAUGAGUCCGGACAGGCAAGCGUUACCAACUAACCAUCAUCCGGAAAAAAAGUUGACAAUGCUAUUGGCACUUAACGCGGACGGCAGUGAUAGACUUAACCCGUUUUUUGUGGGACCUCUCACCCAUUCCUGGAUGCCGCCGACGAUGCUACGAGACUGGCUCAUGGCACUGGAUUGGCGCAUGCGUUUUAGUAAUCGCAACAUAGUACUGAUUGUUGACUCAGUAGCUGCCAUGUGCGUGCAAAAAGCAUUGCUGUCGAAUGUAAAGAUGCAUUUUGUGGAACGCAACCACACUGGAGAGCUCUGUGUUCGAACUUUAGAAAUGGGCGUUGUGGCUGCUAUCAAGCGCCAUUACCGCUACCAGCUCUUAGACUACGCGCUUGACCGACGCGAAGAAGGUCAGCUUGAUAUCUACGAUAUUCCAUUGCAGAAGGUUGUAGAGUGGGUGGAGCUGCAGUUGCCCCGGACGACCAUAUUGAUAAAAAACUUGAUGCGCAGAUUCAAGUGCUGUUGA